AUGGCCGACGCCGAUGGCGUGCUCCGUCGACCGCCUUCGUCUCCGACUUGGUCCCUGCAGUUGCGUACCGAGAACGGCCAGGGCGCACUCGGCAGACGGCGACGGCGCAUCAUCACUCGAGAGUCCACCCAAACAGUCACAGGUUCCCAAUGGGCGGCCCCUCUGGGGGGGGGGGGGGGGGAUGGAGGUUGGCAGUGA